UCUCUCUCUCUCUCUCUCUCUCUCUCUCUCUUCCACAGUUCAUCAAGUUCCUUCCUUUUCUGUAGUGCGGAAGCUUCGGUCCGGUGAUAUAGGAAUUGGUGGUGAUUCCACGCUAUUCUACGGCUACAGCCUCUUGUAUACAUGGAGAAACCAAGAAGGUCGUCCAUCAUCAGCUUCCUCCCCAACCGUGCCUCCUUCUCCCAUAUCCCACACCAUCCCUAUAGCCCGGGACGCGAGAAUCCCGCGAAGAUGAGGGCGCUUCAGAACAAGGGCUUCUCGGGGCCGAUGGUGUCGAUCGUACCCAUGGAGGCCCGACGCAAACAGAAGAACAGGGGCGGCUUCGAGACGCCGGAGGAACCCACGUCCCCCAAGGUCACGUGCAUGGGCCAGAUCAAGCUCAGGAAGAUGGCCUCCCGGUGCAAAAAGCCGUCGCCCGACCGACGGGAAAGGAAGCCGUCAUUCAUCAUCCGCAAGAUAUUCCGGCGCAAGGGUAAGGCGGCGGCGAGCAGAGGACCGGACGCGGGGGAAAGUGGCGCCACGAGGCCAACUACGCGGGCCGCCGCGGCGGUGCCGGCUAGAGCGCCCCUGCUCGGGCAGACGAGGAGAUUUGCUAGCAGCCGCGAGAGCCUGGGGGAUUUCGACUGGAGGAAGGUGCUGGAGAGGGAAGACGGCGGGGAGGGCACUUACUACGCUGGCGAUGAAGGCAGCGAUGCUGAGGAGGACGAGGUGAUCAUUCCUCACUCUGCGCCGAUCAUCCUCGGUGGGAUGGUGGCGGCCGUGGAGCCAAAGAAGGAGGUGAACCUUUGGAAGAGGAGGACUUUGUCUCCUCCUCUUCCUCUUCAAUUAAACUGAUCGAUUCUCUCUUCAUCUUUCUUUUGUAGUUAUAUGUUUGUCGAUGUUUAUAAAAACGAAGGAGGAGUUCCUAUGUGAUGAGUGAA